CAGGUUGUGAGUGGGUAACAUUCACGUGACUUUACAGUACACCAAGUAAAGGAACUACUUCUUCUAGCUAUCUCACUACCUGUGCUUGUGUGGAGGUGUGGACAGAUGCCUGCUAAUCUGAAAGUGCGUGAUUUGAUACGUGCCAUCCGCGCCUGCAAGACAGCUCAGGACGAGAGAGACUUGGUCAAUAAGGAGUGUGCCUCUAUUAGAACCUCCUUCAAGGGUGAAGACAGUGAUGCCAGGGCCAGAGAUGUGGCUAAACUCCUCUAUAUACACAUGAUGGGAUAUCCCUCACACUUUGGGCAGAUGGAGUGUAUAAAGCUGAUAGCGUCUCCACGGUUCUCUGACAAGAGGGUAGGGUAUCUGGGGGCCAUGCUGCUACUGGACGAGAGGCAAGAUGUGCACCUGCUCAUAACCAACUCCAUGAAGAAUGACAUGCAUCACCAGGUCCAGUACGUUGUAGGGCUCUCUCUGUGCGUGCUUGGAAGUAUCUGCUCUGAGGGAAUGAGCCGGGACUUGUCAGGGGAGGUGGAGAAAUUGCUCAAAUCCUCAAACCCCUACAUCGUCAGAAAGGCUGCGUUGUGUGCUGCCCGCAUUGUCAACAAGGUGCCUGAUCUAAUGGAGGUCUAUGUGCCCACCACCCGACAGCUGCUCAAUGAGAAGAACCAUGGCGUCCUCAUAACAGGAGUCUGUCUUGUCACAGAGAUGUGCUCCGUCAAUCCUGACUCUCUUACUCACUUCAGGAGGUUUGUCCCAAAUCUUGUGAGAAUUUUGAAGAAUCUGAUAAUGUCAGGUUACUCUCCUGAGCACGAUAUCCAUGGAGUGUGCGACCCCUUCCUUCAGAUCCGAAUCCUUCGUCUGCUGCGGCUCUUGGGUAGAGGAGACAUGGACUCCAGUGAAGCAAUGAAUGACAUACUCGCACAGGUGGCUACCAAUACCGACUCUAAUAAGAAUGUUGGUCAUGCCAUCUUGUAUGAGACUGUGCUCACCAUCAUGGAGAUCAAGAGUGAGAGUGGCCUCAGAGUGCUCGCAGUCAACAUACUCGGCAGGUUCCUCUCAAGCACUGACAAGAACGUCAGGUACGUGGCUCUGAACACACUACUCAAGACGGUGGCUGUGGACUACAACGCUGUACAGAGGCACAGGACCACCAUCUUAGACUGUCUCAAAGAGAACGAUAUCUCCAUUCGUCGAAGAGCCUUAGAGCUCUCGUUUGCACUUAUUAGUGAGAAUAACAUCCGCUCUGUGAUGAAGGAGUUGCUGGCUUUCCUGGACACGUGUGAGACAGAGUUCAAGUCCUUCAUUGCCUCCAAAGUGCUCAGCGCAGCAGAGAGACACUCCCCCAGCAAGCAGUGGCACAUGGACACCAUCCUCACCAUUCUUAUCAAGACUGGAGAGUAUAUACGAGAUGACCUGGUGUCCACCAUCAUAGCCAUUGUGUCAGACAGUGCAGACAUUCAUGUGUACAUAGUACAGCGCCUGUUCACAGCUCUGAGAGAGGACAUCAGUCAACAGCCACUCACUCAGGUGGCACUCUGGUCACUAGGGGAAUAUGGAGACCUCAUCAUCACUGGUCAGAUUGAGGGGGCGGAACCUCUGAACGUGAAUGAGGACGAGGUUCUGGACAUAGUGGAGCAAGUGUUACAGAGCCCCCAGUCAAGUCAGUCCACACGAGAGUAUGCCAUCAACGCUGUCAUGAAGCUCAGUACUCGCUUCUCUGUCAGUCUGCCUCGUAUCAAGGCCAUCGUGAGUCGCUACACGGACCAUCUGGACAUGGAGCUACAGCAGAGAGCUGUCGAGUACUCGGCCAUAUUUGGGAAACACGAUCAAAUGAGGACUGGUCUGCUGGAGCGUAUGCCAGUCAUGAGCACCAAGGCUAGCUCCACGGCUGAGAAUGCUGAGCUGCAGAUUGGAGAGGGGGUGGGAGAACAGGAGACACAGCCACAGAUCACCAUGCCAACGGGUCAGCAGUCUGAGUUGUUGGAUCUGCUGGGAGGGGACUCUAUUGCCCCUCCCACCACCUCUCAGGCCCUGCCCACUUCAUCAGGUGGUGGUGCUCUCAUGGACCUCCUGGGUCUGGAUGUGGGACCAAGUGUUCCUCCUCCCUCAUCCUCGGCUGGGCUGCUGGACCUACUGGGAGGUGCUCCUACCUCUGCCCCACCCCCUGCUCCCUUAGGUGACAUACCCAAUAUGACAGCAUUUGAGAAGAAUGGACUGAGGGUGGUGUUCACGUUCCAGCGUAGUCUCGACCCCACCACUCCAGCCGUGGUUGCCAUCAUCCUCAACGCUACUAACUCCACACCCACACCCUUGACUGACUUUGUCUUCCAGUGCGCUGUGCCAAAGACGUUCCAGCUUCAAAUGCAGUCUCCCAGUGGCAACGUCCUGACCCCUAAUUCCUCCAACACUGUCACACAGGUCAUCACUAUCAACAACCCGGAGAAAACCCCGCUGAGGAUGCGAGUGAGGAUCACAUACUCCAUCAACGGGAGCCCAGUGCUGGAGCAGGGAGAGCUCAACAACUUCCCAGAACAGCUGUUACUAUAGGAACUGGCUCUACCUAGUUCGUGUUUUGUUUUUAAAGCAGCCAAUUGAGAGAUUUUGUAUUACGUUGUCUUAUUAAUAAUUAUAGAUCACUUGUCUUAGGAAUAUUUGACUGAAAUGUUUUCUUCAAUAAUAAUUAUGUAUUGUCAUGUUCAACUUUGUUCAAUGUAUAUAAUUAUUGUGUCUUCUUA